AUCAAAGAGCUAGGGCCAGCCACUGUUUUGCGCACGCGCACAGCAUAUUCAGUAUUACGUUGAGCGUCCAUGAGAAACUGUGUUGAGCCGCUGGAUCAGUAGCACGACAUGUCAGAGAAGAAACAAACAGUGGAUUUGGGGCUGUUGGAGGAGGAUGAUGAAUUUGAAGAAUUUCCAGCAGAGGACUGGACGGGCCUGGAUGAAGAUGAGGACGCUCAUGUUUGGGAAGAUAACUGGGAUGAUGACAACGUAGAGGAUGAAUUUUCUAAUCAGCUGAGAGCGGAGCUUGAAAAACACGGAUACAAGAUGGAAACCUCUUAACAUUGGACUACUUGAGCUGAAAAUGGAUUUUUCCACAUUUGAAUAUUGUCAGCUUGUGCUGUCAAUAGAAAAUGUGACUUCUCUUAUUACUUCUGUAAGAAGCCCUGCCUUGUAAAAUGGGUCAGUUGAAACUGAUAUCAAUGUUUUUCCCCCCUCCCUUACAUACAAGUUGUGUUAAUAAUUGUGAUAAUAAAGAAUUGUUUUCCCUA